AUGUCUUUCUUGCUUUCUUUCAAUUACUGCCUUCGUCUUUCUUUCGUUUUUGCAGAUACUGCCUUUAUUUCUUUAUUUCAAAUACUCUCUUUCAUUCUUUCUUUCUUUCUUUCGGAUGCUGUCGUUUUUGUUUCUUUAAGAAACUGUUUUUUUCUUCUUUCAGAUAGAGUCUUUUUUUUUUCCUUUUUUCAUUCAGAUACUGUCUUUGUAUUCAAAUAUUUUUUUUUCUUUCUAUGGCCGUUUUUCUUUUUUUUUCAGAUACAGUCUUUCUUUCUUUCAAAUACUAUAUUUCUUACCUUUGGAUACUGGGUUUUUUUUGCACUUAGUGUCUUUCAUAUACUUUAUUACAAACAAGCUUUCUUUCUUUCUUUUAGAUACAGUCUUUCUUUCUUUCAUUCUUUUUUUUGGAUGCUGCCUUUUUUUUUUCCUUUCUUUCACUCUAGGUUAUUUUCCUUCUAUGUCGUCCUCUCUAUUUACUUCCAUUGCAUUUUCUUUAUUACGUUCUUUUUUGCUUUGGGCGAACACACGUCUUUUUUUGUAAUUUGUUCGUCUUCAGAUCUAUUUUUCAUUUCAUCGAAAUUUUACUCUUCAUUUCUUUGUCGUUUUGCUUCCCUUUCCCCACCAUGA